GGGUGGCGCACUCAGCCAGUCACUGCCCGGCACAAGGCCAUGCUGUAGUGCGCGUUGCUUGCUCGCCUGCACUAGCUAGCUAGCGUACGGUACGGUGACAUUGCAGUGUGCACCACCUCACUGCAGCAACGGCGGCGAGGAGAGCUGAGCCGAGGCUGGAGCGAUAAAUACAUACAGCUCUCUGCUGAACUGAGUGAGAGAGAGAGAAGGGGGGAAGAGGAGGAGGGAGCUAUGACUCUGAGGCAGUCGAGGUUCAAGAGGAUCUGCGUCUUCUGCGGCAGCAGCCAGGGCAAGAAGCGGAGCUACCAUGACGCCGCCAUUGAGCUCGGCAACGAGCUGGUGGCGCGGAGCGUCGACCUGGUGUACGGCGGCGGCAGCAUCGGGCUCAUGGGGCUCGUCUCCCAGGCGGUCUACGACGGCGGCAGGCACGUCAUCGGCGUCAUUCCCAAGACUCUCAUGACCCCAGAGAUAAGUGGCGAGACGGUGGGGGAGGUGCGGCCGGUGGCAGACAUGCACCAGAGGAAGGCAGAGAUGGCGAGGCAGUCCGACGCCUUCAUAGCCCUGCCCGGAGGGUACGGGACGCUGGAGGAGCUGCUCGAGGUGAUUACAUGGGCGCAGCUGGGCAUCCAUCACAAGCCGGUGGGGCUGCUGAACGUGGACGGCUACUACAACUCGCUGCUGACGUUCAUCGACAAGGCGGUGGAGGAGGGGUUCAUCAACCCCAGCGCCCGCCGCAUCAUCGUGCUCGCACCGACGGUGCAGGAGCUCAUGGACAAGCUCGAGGAGUACGUGCCUUACCACGACAGGGUGGCGUCCACGCUGAACUGGGAGAUGGGCCACCUAGGCUACUGACAUGUACCGCCACGCAAAAAGCCAGCGGCGGCCGGCGCCUGAAGCGAGCAAGAACGGAUCGGACAGGCCGGCGACUGGCCGGUGGAGGAAGCUAUAAGAUGCUAGUUAGUCGUCAGAUUGGGAUUUUUUUUUUAACUUGACGCGGGUCGAUUUGGAGUGCUGAAAGAAGUUUGGUUGAUUGGUGUAGCAAGCGUGUGUUCGUGGUUUUGUAUAUGCGUUUGUGUUUGCAUCCAGCGGGGACGGCCUUUGCAUGUUGUGCUAGUGAGAAGAAAAACUUGACCGCUUUCUCCCUA